CAUUCCACACUUCCAUAUGAGGGAAUGCCUAAUCUCCCAUAAAUUAGCAUGGACGGUUUAUUCUUUGCCCAUGGGCAUGAAUUCCCUUGAUAUCACUGGAGCUAAAAGAUUGAAGUUACCUGUUGAGAUUGGGCAGAAAGGUUCUAGAUUUAGGAAGCUUUCAUCCUUGCAUCUUGAAAAAAUGGACAGCAGGGAGGCUAUUGAAGAAAACUCAAAGGACUCGCAUCUUUCAUCUGCAUAUGACAAUGCCAUGGAAGCACUUUCCUCCCUGAUUACUUGCCAAAAGCGUGGAGAUAGAUCACCAGUUGGUGGUAAAUAUGAAAAAUUAGACAGGAUGUUGAUGUAUGUUAAGGUAACCAUGCUGGACAAAUCAUUUGAUAACUUCUUUAUUAGGAUAUUUAAGGGUAAUAUUUAUGGGUUAUGGAUUGAAAUGUAAUGUUUUUGUUAAAAUGUAGUAUGUAUUGUUUUUCCACGCCUAUGUUUUCAUAUGCAGUUUGAUGUAGUCUGAUUUAGUUGUGUCCUUCAUCGAAAUAGCAUAUAUCAAUUAUGGUAAGUAAACUCGAGGGCCUAAUUACUUCUGUUUCCUUGGGUAAAAGUAAACUUUUGUUUCCUGAGACUCAAUGUUGACAACCUAAUAUCUUGAACUUCUCUUCCAUUGAAUGAUUUUGUUUAUGCAUUUAUUCUAGUAAAACUGACAAUCGAUUCAUUUCAAAGAUGAAUGAAUUUAAUCUGUGAUAGACAAAGAACCUUCAUUAAUUCUUCUAAAUUCUAGGUUCCUUAUUAAGUAGGGGAAGGGGGUAGGUCACUCUGAUCAACCACAACAAUGUCCUGAUAUGAGCAAGUCCUGUACAGCUUACAGAAUGACGCUAUUCAUUUUAUUUUGUAAUUGAACAUCUUUUUUGUUUACAUUUAUUUUCCAGGCAUUAAGCCGGCAAUAGGACCUAUCAUUUAGUAUUUAUAACUUAGAUGCGUAAAUUUUAGUUUCUUCUUCGGACUCCACUUGGAAAAUAUGAGAUCUGGUUGCAUUCAUAAUUCCUGUCUACAAAACUUGAUUUUAACGCAAGUGGACAAUUGAGAACCUCUCGCUGGUGUUGUCUCUGAAGACUUCUUUUGACAUCUUUUGAUGAGAGCUUUUUUUAAGCUCUGAAACGUUAUAGUCGACAAUAACUAAAAAGAUAGGCUACUGAUUUUCUCAAAUCUACUUAGCAUUUCUUAGAAGUAACAAAGAAGUGCUUCUUCAAUUUUUCCAUUUUUUUUUU